CGCAUUCAUUUGUAUGUUCUCCCUCUCGUGUUAAGGUUACAAAGAAUUGGAAGAUGUCAUGUUCCGACAUUCUGUGGCAAUUGAUCCUGCAUCCACGGUUGAUUAGAGAGAAAAAAGUGGGUUUCAAAGUGACAGCACAUCAUCAUCAUUAAGGAGCGCCUGAGCGCCUUCGUACGCUUGGCAUCGAAACGCCGUAAUCGCUCGUGGAUCCGUACAGGUAUAAGAUGCUCGCUGUACGACUUAUCUCUCUUGCUUGUGCUUAUUGUGGGCCAGUCAUUGCAUCCGCACUGCCCCCCAAGUCUGUUUGCCUGCAGGACCUACAUGCCUCACAGACGGAACAUUCUGCAUCACAGUCGUUACUGGCGGACUUUCGCUGGCCUUUUACCUCCCAUGAACCCCACUGCCCCUGAGGAAGGUGCUAUGAGUGCUUCAGACGAUUGCAGGAAACCAGGUUUCAACUACGAUUUACCUCUCGACGACGACCCAGACAAUGCAGGUGGUCAGAAGAAGAAUAAGACUCCGUCAGCUGGGAGUACCACAACCGACUCUGACUUUGUAUCUGCAUGGACAGAUCGCCUACAAGUAUUGACAGUGCUCACAACAUUUCUCGCGUCGAUGGAUGCAUCUCUCUUUUCUCUCACUGCACUUGGCACGAUACCGGUUGGUGAGCGAGAGAAGGAUUUGGUGUAUGGUGCGCUUGCUGGCGCGUUAAUUUUCCAUGUGUGCGCAUCUAUAUUAGGCUUCACUGCAUCAUUCGUCCUCAUCCGAUACAGAAUAGUGGACGCCAAGUUGACGUUGCUAACUCAUGACGAUGCCUCGAAACAAGGAGCUACUGGAGGACCGUCUACUCCAAGUUCUCCGCAAUCACCUUCAGGGAAGAAUUUAGCCUGGAGUGAUCGGCCCAUUGUAUGUUCCGAUAAGCAGCAUCUGCUCAUCAUAGAGCCAAUUCGGCCCUUUCGACGCUCGAAGUCUACUGUCAGCGACAAGGAGAAGAACGCAGAUGCGCCAAGUUCUACUCCAACCAAAACAGAAGCUCCACCUACUGACCUGCUCAGCCGGUGUUACUUCACCUGCCUCAGCCUCACUGCAGCGGGUUUUGUGCUUGCACUUUUGGGUAUCAUGUCUUACGCCUGGACAGCUCUGGAGCAAGCAGUUGGUAUCUUUACGACGGCAUGUCUUGGUGUGGCUGUAGGAGCUGGGAUAUGGGCCAUUCGUUAGACGAAUGAAGUUUGGACAUUCUUGGUACCCUUCGUAAUGCUGUCUGGUUUUUAUUUGUUGCAUGACCCCUACGAGAGACGGAGGCUAACGAUGUUUUGUACAUGUAUACGAUCGGCGAGUUUAACGAUCCAAUUGAGAUGAAUUAUGACUUACAUAGAAGCUUUUGUACAGUAUCACGUAACCUUGCACGAAAUUUUGCUGUUCUUGAUCCAUU